GGACGUCACUUCCGGGGGGGGGCCAGGCCGGCUGGGCAAGGAGUGCGGGUCGGUUUCGUGCGCGCUGCCGGACCAGGCUCCCGCCGCCGAUUGACCCGCGCUCCGCCCUGUAGCCGGGCCGGGAUCCUGGUAGCUAAUGUCAGAAGAAAGUGACUCUCUGAGAACCAGCCCUUCUGUGGCCUCACUUUCUGAAAAUGAGCUGCCACCACCCCCUGAGCCUCCUGUCUAUGUGUGUUCACUAACGGAAGAACUGGUCGCCAAAGCCAGGGUAGAGCUGCAGGAGAAACCAGAAUGGAGACUUCGAGAUGUUCAGGCCCUCCGUGACAUGGUGCGGAAGGAGUACCCCAACCUGACCACCUCUCUGGAGGACGCCUUCUUGCUCCGCUUCCUCCGGGCCCGAAAGUUUGACUAUGAUCGGGCCCUGCAGCUCCUUAUCAACUACCAUAGCUGCAGGAGGAGCUGGCCUGAGGUCUUCACUAAUCUCAGGCCAUCUGCCUUAAAGGAAGUUCUGGAUUCUGGAUUCCUCACCGUGCUACCCCACACAGACCCCAGGGGCUGCCAUAUCCUCUGUAUCCGCCCAGAUAGAUGGAUACCAAGCCACUAUCCAAUUACUGAAAACAUCCGUGCUAUAUACUUGACAUUAGAAAAGCUCAUCCAGGCUGAAGAAACCCAGGUGAAUGGAAUUGUCAUUCUUGCUGACUACAGAGGAGUAAGCUUAUCAAAAGCAUCUCAUUUUGGCCCUUUUAUCGCCAAAAAGGUGAUUGGCAUCCUUCAGGAUGGUUUCCCCAUUCGGAUAAAAGCAGUCCAUGUAGUGAAUGAACCUCGAAUAUUCAAGGGCAUUUUUGCCAUCAUAAAACCAUUUCUGAAGGAGAAAAUAGCAAACAGAUUCUUCCUCCAUGGGUCGAACUUGAACUCUCUCCAUGCAAACCUUCCCAGAAGCAUUCUCCCCAAAGAGUACGGGGGCACAGCUGGAGAGCUAGACAUUGAUACUUGGAACACGAUACUGCUGGCCUCAGAGGAGGACUUUGUGAGAGAAUUCUGCCAGCCUGUGCCAGCUUGUGAUAGCAUCCUGGCCCAGGCCCUGCUGCCUGAGGGGCUAACCUCAGAUGUACAGUGUGAUGACUCCAUGCGGGCUGUGAAAUCGCAACUAUACUCCUGUUACUAGUUAUUCCUCUGUACCGCCAUCUUUAAAUCCUUUCCUGUUUUCUUGGUAAAGACACAAGGAGAAUUUGAAGUGCAGUGGAGUCAGCCUUGGUCCUUUUAACUAAACCACAGCAUGGAGGGAAAAAUUCUCAAGCUCUACAGGUGAGCCAUAGGAUAGGCCUUUAAACUACAGAAAUUAUUCCAUAAAGACAUGGGAAACAGCCCCAGUGAUUCUUGAACAUUGUAAUCCCAGUUUGGGGUCAUUCACUUGAAAGGCGUUUUGGGUUGCUCUCCAUCCUGAAGAAAAGAUUAGGAUCAAAGUUUCAUCAAGUCCACAUCCCAGGUAAAAGCUUGAUUAGCUUGCACAGUUCUAUGGAACAAUGUGGUUCGGUCUGCAAGGUGGCCACAUGACUCUGGGAGUUUGUCUUCAACUAUAGGUUGGGAAAUGUCAAGUUCUAAGUCCAGAUCCUAAUUGUCAUCACUGAGUUUGAAAAGUAACUUGAUUGAAUCAUAAGAGCAUCAAAGGCAUAAGCAGUAUUUUCUGAUCAAAUCUGGAAGCCAGAGACUUCAGAGAUUUAAUAGAACCAUUCAGUCUGCAAUACUAAAUGUCAAGCCUGUGUACUAAAGAAUUCUGGCUCAAGAAUUAAGGGGCUGAGCUCCAGCCCUAGCUGUGACUGUCAGCAGCAAGUCCCAGGCCUUUUGUGAGCCUCAUAUAUAUAUAUAUAUAUAUAUAUAUUUUUUUUUUUUUGAUAAAACUGUGUCUAGGACGCAUUUGGCUACUGAAGAACUGGGAAUGGGUUAUGGAAUGUUACUGGUUUCCUGCCCCAAAAGAUGACUCUCUAUAUGCUGGUGGUUAGAUACAGUUGUGGUACUCCUGGACCUUUCCAAGGAUGUGCUAGCACUUGGCCCUACGUUUAAAGAAACUAGUAUGCACAUGCCUACAGCUCAGCAAUACUUCUUUCAGAGUGAGAAUUAAAUUUGGGAAGGAUCGGUGAAGUGAGGUGAGAUGACCAGGAUCGUGUAUGAAUACAUCCUAUCCCUGAGAAUAGUGACAGAUGGAAAACCUGGCAACAGGGAAUAGUUAUAUCACUUGGGAUUCUUAAAUUUUGGUCUUUGAAAGGCCAAAUGAUCACCGGGUCAUUUCUGGACCUCUGCUCUCCCAAUCCUUCUUGUGUUUCUAGUGUGGGUAUAGACUAUAAUCUGUGCAGCCAGACUGAAUGUUAGUUCUGUAUGUCAGCACUUUAGGCCCUUCCUGUUAAGAAUGUAGCCUCAGUCCAACCAUCAAAUUAGGUGGUUUAUCUGGUGGUUCUUGACCUAGUUCCAUUCCUAUCCAUUCCAUGUAAAUUGUGGUGUUAAUAAUUGACAAGUUAUGUGUGAACCUUCUCUGGAAUGUAUCGGAUUCACCAGGUAUGGUGGUUAGCUCCGUUGGGAAGAGAAUAGUACUAUGAAGUUCAAGGGAGAAUCUUUGUAUUUAUCAGGGUAGGGUAGGGGAGAUAGCAUAAUGGUUAUGCAAAAGACUUUUCUGCCUGAGGCUCCAAAAGCCCCAGGUUUAAGCCCCUGCACUACCAUCAGCCAGAGCUGAGCAGUGCUCUAGUUAAAUUUCUGACGCUCAAGCUGUUUGUUUUUUUCUCCUGGCCAUUGCCUUUGUGUGACCUUACAGUGGCCGGAACCUCCUCUAGAAAAAUGCCUCAGAGGGUGGAGGAGGUCAGGAGGUAGUGCACCUGGUUAAGUGCGAAGCAGGUCUGCAGUUGUCUUUAUCUCCCCAUCCCUCUCAAUUUCUCUGUCCUAUCCAAUAAAGUGAAAAAAUGGCCUCCAGGAGCAGUGGAUUCAUAGUGCUGUCACCAAAAAAAAAAAAAAAAAGGAAAAA